AUGACAGGCGUCUUUACCUAUCGAAAUUUUUCCCUCCAAGAUACACCGCCGCAGGAUGGCAAAGUGGCAGUAGUGACAGGUGGCCAAGGAGGUGUGGGACAAGAAAUCACCACGCAAUUUCUCCUAAACAACAUAGAAAAGGUCUUCAUUCUGGCACGAAACAAAAGCAAAUUCAAGGAUUCACGGAAGCAAUGGACUCAUAGAACUGGCUUCUCUCUCGAUAUCAUUGACAAGAAGCUUGAAUUCAUCCAAUGCGAGCUCGCAGAUAUCCGAUCAGUGAAAGAGGCAGCUGAGCAUAUAAAGCGCAACACCGGCAGGGUUCAUAUCUUAAUAUGCAAUGCAGGGCUGGGCGUGUCUACCCAGUACAACCGGUCUCCGCAGUACAUCGAAUCGGUUUUCGCAGCUAACUGCGUAGGCCAUCAGCUGCUGGUCACCAUUCUACUUCCACUCCUGAAACGGGUAACUAUUGAGUCGCCACCCAGCGAUGCUCGCAUCGUCGUGACCACUUCGUCUAUGCACAUGUUCUGCCGCCGCUUGGAUUUUGACUCGCUCACAGCGCCUGAUCGAUCCUCCAGAUCCAAAGUCAUUGAUGCUGUAUGGCGGUACGGCCGCUCGAAGCUAGGUGAUAUCCUUCUUACAAAGGAGCUUAGCCGUCGGCUUCAAGAGGGGAAUGACCCGGCUGGCAAGAAUAUCUAUGUCAAUUGCUUCUUCCCGGGUAACAUUGUCACGGAGCAAUGGAUGGGAUGGAAUCAGCUGUUUGGGAAGCCAAUUGGGAUGAUAAUGCGGAAAUUCUUUUCCUUGUUCAUUGGACAGAGUCGGGAAGACGGCGCUGCAACGGCGUUAUAUCUGGGUGCCAGUGAUGGUCCACGAAAAAAGGACCAGCGUGGCCGAUACUUUAUCCCUAUUGCGACACCCGACUGGCCUAGCAAGAUUGCCAGUGACGAGAAAGUGGCGCGGGAUCUCUGGGACUGGAUCGAUGCCAAAAUAACUCAAACCCUGGGAUCAAAUUGGCAGGAUGAGCCUGGAAAGAAGGUUGGUAAAGGCGACUUUAAACUAAGAUAA